AUAGGCCGAGAGCAUUGCUCAAAAACUGCAAGCUGGUUCGUUGGUAGAAGCCCGUAGAUAUAUACGCCAUCAUUUUACAGAGUACUUCGUAAUAGGGUCCCUAUUACGAAGAACGAGAAGAAGAAGGGGUCGGAUUCACUGCUUCAAGAAGAGGCAUCUAUGGCGAAGAAAGUGGUAGGUCGGAUGCUCAUGGUUUCAAGCGAUGACAAUGCAAGAACAACAAGAGAAACUCAUAAAGGUGGAAUCACAUCUAAAGAAGUUGCUCCCAGACAUAGAAUGCCAAAAUGAGAGGAAACUCUACAGUCUAGAAUUUGAGGUUGAGUCAAUCGGGAAGAUACUUUGUCAAUAUUCAAAUAAAAAGAAGAAAGAUGCCAAAGCGAAGAAUCACCAAGAAGAAUGACAGGUUCGGUUCCCUAAUGGUUUGCCCCCACGGCCAUCCCAAAAAAGAACAACUUUGAAAAGUGAAACCUCAACUGAAUAAGCUCCUCCCAGGCAUAGAAUGCCAUAUUGCAAGAGAAGUCUAGAAUUCGAGUGUUAAAGGCUCUCUGUUGCACAUAAUAUCGCAACCCAGGAUUCCCCCGGUGUUCUUGCUGCCAGUGCACACACGAUGCCUCGGUAUUAUUGCGAUUACUGUGACACUUACUUGACACAUGAUUCUCCAUCUGUUAGAAAGCAGCAUAAUUCAGGAUAUAAACACAAGGCCAAUGUGAGGACUUAUUAUCAACAAUAUGAGGCACAACUUAACCAGAGUCUGAUUGACCAGAGGGUCAAGGAGCACCUUGUUGCAUUUAGGGCACCUGCCCCUCCUUAUGCACCAAUGAGACCUGGUCUUCCUAUGUUUCCUACCCCAGCACAAAUUCCUAUUGCAGGAAAUCCUCAACUAUCAACUGGUAACCCCUUAAUCCAAGGAAUCCGGCCGCCAGUUUUACCACGGCCACUGUCUGGUGUACCAGGUAUAACUGUAAAAUUGGCAUUUUUGCAUGUAUAUAAGCUCUAAAUAUUUCUCGUGAGUCGUGACUAAUUGCUUUCCAUCCACUUCUUUAAACUUCUUUAUUACUCCAUUCAUCCCUAAAUAAAUCUCAAAUGUUUCCUACAACCCUUUUUUGAAAUUAUCACCGUGUUUUUGUAACUUGUGAUUCCUCAUUUUUACUUUUGUGAAGAAUAUGAGAUGUUAUACUCUUGCAUGUCACUCCUGUUGUUCACUCGUGCUUUAACUCAUUAAAUUUUUUGAAGUUCAUGUUUCUACUUUCCACUAUCAACUUUCGAGUUUUAGUUAUUUAUAAAGCUUAGAUCAUUUUGCACUUCUUUAAAACUAAGGAAAUCAACGAGUUCUUUAUCCUAAAAGAUUUUGAAGUGAAGUUCACGGUUCUAUUUAUGAGUACAAAUUUUAGUUUUGUGUGGGUGUGUUUUGUUAUUGAAUUAGUUUUGUUUACAUUCAAAUUUGUUAUUUAUUUGUUGAUUCAGUUUUGUUAAUGAUUCAAUAACAAUUUACUGUAAAUCAAGAUGAUCGAACGAGAGUUCUUGCCAACAACACGUAGCGUGGUAAUGUUGAUGAAGUUUUUCUUUAAUAAUCAUACGAUUGAUUUGGGAGAGAGUUUGUGAAACUACUUGGUAAAGAAAAGGUAAUAGAUGGAGCUUCUAGUUACAACAUUAUGUUCCCAUGGAAGAGUUGAAGAGGCACUGACGUGUUCUAAGCAAAUGAUGAGGUUUGAUAGAAAAGUGAUUUUUUUUUCAUCCAAAAGACUGCCCUCAAAUUAAUUGCACGCAAUGGACCACUUCAUCGUUUUGCUUUUCGAAAAUAACAGUUUACCCCUGAAGUAUGGAAGUCUGUGCACUAAGCUCCUUAACCUUUGCUAUAUCAAAUGGAAAAAUACAGUUUGGAACACUAAACUUCUUUUCCAUGGUCCAGUGCUCGAGUAUAAAGGUCUCCUUCACGUUUGAAAGCUUGACUCACAAGAAGCAGUGAAGGUCUGCCAACUCUCCGGGAUUCCUAAUUUCUACGAGAAAAAAAAAACAAGAACAAAACAUUCAAUUUGGGUGUGAGUCGUCGGAUCCGAGCCUAGAUCUGAUUUCGGCACUUCCCAUUCGUCCCAUUUCUCUAUCCCCCGAUGUUAAUGCCAAAUCCUCUCCAGAUAUUGCGGUUCUGAUUCAGUUUCCGCCGUCCCCGACCCGUAGACGUUUUUGGGUCAUCAAAUGUCACUCUGCCGUGCAACCUAGUCGCAUGAAGUAGCAGCUUUGAUUCUCAAAUUUUUUAAUAUAUCCUUAGUUUUUAACUUUCUUUUUUACAUGUUUUCUUGUUGAUGCCACUUUUAAUUCAACCCCUUCAUCCUGAAUUAAUCAUCUCACUUAACUAUUUACGGUCAUUUUUUCUUUCUUUACCAAAUUUUCGUUAAAGGUUUGUUAACCUAACAUAGUCAUCAAGUUUAUAAAUAUAUACUUCCUACGUGCCACGAAACUUUCUAGUUUUGACUUUGGGAAGGAAGCUGUAGAAAUUUGACAAAGGGAAAAGGACGAUAAUCGAAACAAGUAGGGUUUAAAAAAUGUCGGAAUAUGGAGGGCAUAGAAAGGAGUUAGGGUAUGUUAGGUUAGCUUUAGAAAAAGCAGAGGCAUUUAUGUCCAUUU